GUAGCUCCAGCCCGGCUGUCAAACCAUUGUCACGCGCGCUGUCAAAGUCACGUUGUAAACAAUAACAUUUCAUCGCGUUUGCCGGAAAAGUGUCGUGAUUUAUGUAACUGAAAGUGUACAUUUACGAGCCAGAAGUAAGCAUUUACGCGCUUUUCCUUUUCCCCGGAUGAUGCUUUCAACUGUUGGGCGGCUAACACGGGCAGUGAAAACAUCGCUCCAUACGUACCAUAAUGUGCGCAGCAUCCAUCAAGCGACCAACCUCUAUGCCGGUCACUCGAAAUGGCAAAACAUACGGCACGUGAAGGCGUUGAACGAUGGACGAAAGGCGGUAUUGUUUAUUAAACUAGCUCGACAAAUUCGGCUUGCAGUGCAAGCUGGAGGACCUAAUCCUGCCGUAAACAAUGUGCUGCGGGCAGCAAUUGAUGAGGCGCUGAAGAGAAACAUGCCGAACGCCACCAUUCAAGGUAUCCUGAAGAAGUGUACCGCACAGUCGGUGGAGCUGAAAAAGUAUACACUCGAGAUAAAGGCACUUGAUCAGGUGAAUGUGAUCUGUGUCCUGUACACGGAUCGAUUUGCCCAGCUAAAGAUGGAGAUGGCAACCAUUCUUAGGAAGAAUUUUGCCCUUUUCUUCGACACUAUGCACGCAUUUGACGAAAGAGGCUUUGUUGAAGCGAUCGCACCGGCUGAUUUGAAAAGUGACGAUCUGCUGUCCGUGUGUACGGAUCAUGCUAUCGAAACGGGUGCGGAAGAUAUUGAAGUGAUGGAUGAAAACAAUCGACUGAUAAGGUUUUUGUGCGGCCCGAGAGAUUUGGACAAGGUGAAAAAGGAGCUCGAGAAAUUGAACUAUUCCGUGGAACAUAGCGAGCACGCAUUCUUCCCCAAAUCGACCAUCAAACUAAAUGCCGAAGCGAUGGUAGCGUACGAAAAGUUGAAAGAGAAGCUCAAAGCUAUGGAAGGUGUGGAGGACAUUUACGACAACGUGGAACUGAACGAGUAGACCGUUUCGUACGGCGACGAUGCAUUUCCACUGAGACACGUUUGUUUUUAUUGAAUAGAUUAUGCUUUGUUUGGAUGCUUAAACGUAACAACCUGUGCGGUGCGUGUGUACAACGCGUAUAAUGAGAAACUUAAAAUAAGACGAAACAUGACGACACCGGCGAUGGCGAUUGCGUAAAUCUCUCCCCGCUGCACUACAAACGGUACGCGACGACGAUCACGGCGACGCCUUACUGUCUAGCGUUGACGAUCUGGAUGAAUUCGGGCUUCAACGAGGCACCACCCACCAGGAAACCGUCAAUGUCCGGCUUGGCCGCAAGCUCGCGGCAGUUGGCCGCCGUCACAGAGCCGCCGUACUGGAUACGGAUGGCGUUCGAUACGUCGGCCGAAACGUUCUCGGUGAACCACUUUCGCAGCGCGGCGUGCACUUCCUGCGCCUGUUCUGGGGUGGCCGUCUUGCCGGUACCGAUGGCCCACACCGGCUCGUACGCAAUCACCACAUUGCUCCAGUCCUUCACCUGGGCGGCGAUGGCUUUCGUCUGCCGGAAGCAAACCGCCUCCGUCUGGCCGGCUUCACGCUCCUGCAGCGUCUCACCAAUGCAAGCGAUGACCUUCAACCCCUCGGCAAGGGCAUGGGCAACCUUCUCCGCAAUCAGCUCGUCCGUUUCGCCGAAGAUGGCACGUCGCUCCGAGUGGCCCAAAA